AUGGAUAUAACUAAAUGCCCAUUUCAUAAUUCAUUUUUAUCAUCAUCACAAAUUCCAACACAACAACAACAAAAACAACAAAAUAAUUUGAAUCGACAAAUUUUUUAUCAAAAACAACAAGAACAAGAACAACAAUAUCAACAACAACAACAACAAAAUGAAUUAUUGUUAUCAUCGGUCAUAUUAAAAUUUUGUAAGAUGCAUGUACGUGGUCAAGAUUUUAUUAUAUUUCAUAUUGAUAAUCUUAGGGUAGAAUAUAAUAAUUCAUCAUUUAGACCAUCAAUUCAAGUAUUACAAAACAUUGCUCAAAGAUUAUGUGAUAGAGAACAAGGCGUUGGUGCUGAUAAUACACUGGUAUUAACACCACCUCCAAAUGAUAAAUUGAAUGAAACUGACUUUCAACUUUUAAUUUUUAAUUCUGAUGGUAGUAUUGCUGAAAAUUGUACAACUGGUGUUUCUUGCGUUUGCAAAUAUAUUGUAGAUUAUAAUUUAAAAUCUUAUCGAACAAACAGUCAAAACAAUCAAAACAAUCAAAAUAAUCAAAAUAAUAAUAUUGAAAUUGAACAAAAUAAUAAUAAUAAUAAUAAUAAUAAUAAUAAUAAUAAUAAUAAUAAUAAUAAUAAUAAUAAUAAUAAUAAUAAUAAUAAUAAUAAUGUAAAUAAUAAUAAUAAUAAUAAUAAUAAUAAUCAAGAACCACAUCAUAAUGAAGAUUUAAAACCAUUUUUUUCAAGAAAUAGAUUAAAAACAUUAAAUCAAACACCUUAUCUUUUAUUUGAAUCUAGAAGUAUUAGUAUUUAUACGAUAGCAGGUAUACAACAAUGUAUGACCAUUCCUCAACAUCCAUUAAAUAAUGCAAAAACACUUUGGAGUAAAGUUAGUUUAGGUAAUCCAUUAGUUUUGAAAACAUCUGAUCAUCAUGGUGGUAGUAGUGGUGGUAAUUUUCAACAUCCAAAUAUAAAUCAAUUUCAAAUCGACUCAAAUAUUUUUCAACAAUGUCCAAUCUUUAAAUUAAAUAAUAAUAUUAUUAAUAUUAAUAAUAAUAAUGAUUUAUCAAAUUCAUUUGGUAGAGUAUUAUUAUCAACCAAUUCAUCAUAUAAUGAAUAUAGUAAAGUAAUUCAAUGUGGUGGUCAUUUUAUUAAUUCAACAUUAGUUUCAAUGGGUAAUCCUCAUUGUGUAUUACAUUUGGAGAAUGUUGAUGAAUUUCCAAUGGAUUACUAUGGUAAAGUUAUUGAAUCACAUCCAAUAUUUCCACAAAAGACAAAUGUUGAAUUCGUACAAGUGAAAACUAGAGAUUCACUACGUGUUAGAGUUUGGCAACGGGGUAUUGGUGUAACAAAUUCUUGUGGAACUGGUGCUGCUGCCGCUUUGGUUAGUGGGGUUUUACGUGGUAAAAAUAAUAGAAAAGCAAAUGUUCAAAUGGAUGGUGGUAUUUUAGAAGUUGAAUGGAGAGAAGAAGAUGAUAAAGUUUUUGUUAGUUGUCCUUCUGUAACAGUUUUUGAAGGUUCAAUUAAAUUCUUUCAAGAUGAAUUACAACAACCAUUUUAA